AUGAGAGGUCACGACGAUAGUGGCCCUAUUUUUAAUUGCGAAAAAGAUAAUAAUGAUGGUAACUUUCGACCUUUGUUAAGAUAUCGAGCAUUACGUGGUGAUUUAACUCUAAAAAGUAAUUUGAUGAAUUCAUCGGGGAAAUCGGUUUACAUUAGUCCCAUAAUUCAAAAUGAAAUAAUACAAAUAUGCGGUUCUCUUAUUCAAAAAGACAUUGUGUUGAAAGUAAACCAAUCAACAUUUUUUACUUUUUUGGCGGAUGAAACUUGUGAUAUAUCUCGCAUUGAACAAAUGUCUUUGUGUGUAAGAUAUAUUGAUAAUGGUUUUAUUAGAGAAGACUUUUUAGAAUUUGUUCCUAUUUAUGAUGCUAGUGGAAAAGGAAUGGCAUAUACAAUUAUACGAGAAAUAGGAAAACUAGGACUUAAAAUGGAAAAUUUAAUCGGUCAAGGUUAUGAUGGGGCGAGUGCAAUGAGUGGCUUGUAUAAUGGUGUCCAAAAGUAG